GCCAAGCUAGCUUCAGCGUUAGCCUGCUAACAGCCGCUGGAGUUAUGGGAUCCCGGCGGCAGCAGCAGCAGCUGGGGUCCCGUUGAGGCCGGCUAAUUAGUCGGUGUCUCGAUCAGCGACGACCUGUCAGGAUGUCCCGGCACUUGGAUACAGGAGACGUGGACGCGCGACGGCCUCUGCUCCCCGGAGAUCAGCUGGAUUCCAGCGUGCUGGACUCUGAUGAAGGUGAAAUCAUUUUUGAGCGGAGCAGCCAACAUGAAGGAGGUGGAAACACAGCCAGAAAACUGUCUUAUGAAGAAGCAGUUGAAGGAGCAGGCUUCGGUUUGUUUCACUGGCUGCUGCUGCUGGCGUGCGGUUGGGCCAACGCCAGCGACGCCGUGGAGAUCUUGUGCGUUUCCUUUCUGUUGCCGACGGCGCGCUGCGACCUGCUGCUGAGCUCCGCCGACAUGGGCCUGCUCACUGCCAGCAUUUUCCUCGGAAUGAUGGUGGGGGGUUACGUGUGGGGGUACCUGGCUGAUCAGAGGGGCCGGUGUAAAGUUUUGGUUGUCUCCCUGACCGUAAACGGCGUGUUUGGAUGCCUGGCCAGCUUCUCUCCUUGGUUCUGGCUCUUCCUGCUGCUGCGUUUUCUCAGCGGCGUUGGGGUUGGCGGGUCCAUCCCUGUUAUCUUCUCCUACUUCUCAGAGUUCAUGCCCCGGCUGAGGAGGGGCGCCAUGAUAAGUGCUCUGGCCACCUUCUGGAUGGCAGGAAACAUCCUGGCUGCAGGUCUGGCCUGGAUGGUGAUCCCCAGAACCUGGGCUCACGUCUCUCUGGGAGCGCUGGACUUCCAGAGCUGGAGGCUGUUCGUGGUCCUGUGCUCCAUUCCCAGCCUCUCUUCGGCGCUCAUCUUCAAGCUGCUCAUGCCAGAGAGCCCAAAGUUCCUCAUGGAGGUCGGACAAGAAGCAGAAGCGAUCCAGGUCUUCAGACUGAUGUUUGACCUGAACAACCGUGGAAAGGGGAACAUUUUCUCUGAGUUUAGUUUGCAUGUAAGCAGGAACCAAAAGGGGGACCUGGAGGAAAUCCGAACUCCCGCAUCACCACGAGAAAAUCUGAUAAAAAUGUUGAAGAAGGGUUUGAGUCCCAUUAAGAAGAUUUUCAGUGGAGCUCUCAAAGGCAGGAGCAGCGCUCUGCUCAUCGUCUUUUACUGCAUCUCCUUUGGGUAUUACGGCCUGUGGAUGUGGUUCCCUGAGCUUUUUGAGCGCGUGGAGGGGGGCGGCUCGCCGUGCGCCAACAUUUCUCUGCCGUCUGCGCUCCACAACCAGAGCUGUUACCCAGUCAAGACCGCAGUGUACAUGGAGGGCUUCAUCGUCGCCGCCUCUAACCUGCCGGGGAACAUCUUCACUAUUCUGGUGAUGGACAGCACUGGAGGAAAGGCGCUGCUGUCUGGCAGCCUGAUGGUCUCCAGUUUGAGCGUCUUCCUCAUCUAUGUGGUUCAGACCAAAACUCAGAGUCUGGCUCUGUCCUGCGUCUUCAGUGGAGUUUCUGUGAUCGCCUGGAACGCUCUGGAUGUGGUGGGAACCGAGCUGUACCCCACCCAGCUACGCUCCUCUGCGCUCGGGUUCUUCACUGGCGUGGGCCGCGUGGCAGCCAUCAUGGGGAACAUCAUCUUCGGGAAGCUGGUGGACACGAACUGCGCCGUCCCCAUCCUACUGGUGUCGGCUCUGCUGCUGACGGGAGGACUCGUCAGUCUGCUGCUCCCUCAGACCAAACAGACGGAGCUCACCUGAACCUCAUCCCUCUGUGCCUUUUCCAACCCUUAGAAUAGAAAAAUGGCCAAAUCUGCCUUCCAAGAAGGAUUCUUCUGGUGAGCAAAUACGUGCCUUUAGGUGAAAAUGUCGUUUUAUCCUCACUUUGUGAUGGUGUCCAUUUUAGUUACACACAAAAACCUGUGAAGAGUUCUGCAGAGGCUGCAGCCACAACUGUCUUCAAGAAAAAAAAAAACACAUUCCACAUCUUUUCUUUGUGUUUCAUUGAUGAAUUUAGCAUCUUUAAGGUCAGUGAUCUGCCCCCGUAAGACAUCCAGUUCCUCCAGGGUCACUUAAGGAACCAAAUGUUUACUCCUUUAAAGCCAAAAAAGGACUUGAUCACUUGCUCUUACUUCGCACUAAAAGCUUUCCAGUCCGUGGAAAACCAAAGGUUGUGUCUCUGCUGCCAUUCUUUGUGAGGCCUUCAUGCUGAUGAGCCACAUUUUCAGAGCCGUUUUUGUUCUGGUCGAUUUAUUUCAAUAAACACUUGUUAUUAUUUUAUUUUGUACAUUUUUUAAACCACACAAGUAAACAUUCCUGCAAACCAAACCUGGAAGGUAACCCUUGUGCUAUCCUAGGCACUUCAACAUUGGGAGUUGGGUCAUCUGGACCCACUAGACAGUGCUCUGAACCUUUUUUCUUCAAUGAUUUGUGAUCUUCACUGGUGUCCAUGGAUUACAUGAAAUCUUUCCACCUUUAUCCACCUUUGUCAUGGUAGGGAGAACACGUCAAAGUAAGGGUGGGGUCAUCUAAGAUAGCACAAGGGUUUUAAUAAAAGUGACAGAAUUUAACUGUCUUCCUUGUUCA